ACACGAGAAACCAUCAAAACAUUAGACUCAGAAUAAUGGGGCAUUGCCCUUUCUCUUCCCUCUCACUUUGCUGCUUAUUCUUACUAUUAACAAUAGUAACUCCUACACAUUGUUACCUGAUUUCUCCACCACUGCUAGACUUGAUCAACUCAACUUGCAAAGAAUGCUCAGAUAAGUCAACAGACAUAAACUACAACUUCUGUGUUACUUCACUCCAAGCAAUUCCCGCAAGUCAUGUUACAAACUUACAAGGAAUAGGACUUGUAGCGAUGGAGUUGGCUCUAAAAAAUGCUACCAACACGAUUUCGACCAUAGAGAAGAUGCUCAGCAGCAAAGAGUUUGAACCUUUUGCUAUGGACUGUUUAAGAGAUUGCUUGGAACUUUAUGCAGAUGCUAUUGCCAUGCUGGUGGAUGCUUUUGCCGCAUUCUUGUAUAAGCAAUUUGAUGCAGCUAAUAUAUUCAUGAGGACAGUUAUGGACGCGACAUCAACUUGUGAUGAAGGAUUCACUGAGAAGAAACGUGAGUUGACACCACUAGCAAAGGAGAAUAACAAUCUCUUCCAAUUGAGUGACAUCUCAUGGUGUAUCAUUAAGCAAGUUUCUUUUGUUCCUUCUCAGCUACCUAAUGUAUCUUCUUAAGAUGUGGCAGCUAUCAAUUGUGCACUGCAUGGGACAUCAAAGAGUUUUUAAAAUUCUUGUAGAAA